AUGCCCCCCACCACCCAACGCCUCAUCCGUAUCGCCGUCGCCCACUACAGGAAUCGGGAGAUUUCCGAGGCAGAGUUUCAUCGCUGGGCAACAGAGGAUCACUGCGCCAGAGCGGCCAAAAUCCACGCCCGACAUGGCAUCGAGGCUUAUGGGAUGUUCUUUAGUUCGCAAAGCGCCCAGUCCACUGCCAAGGAACUGAAUAAACACCUUGGAGGCAAGUGGAUCGUCGACAACCACGACGUGCAGGUGGAAUUCUACCUGCGCUCACUCAGCCAGCUUACAGCCGUUCUGGAGGACCCUGAGUUCAAGGCCCUGCAGGAAGAGGAAGGACCGUUUGUCAGUGGAGAGAACAUUGUUGCAACCUUGGGAUGGGUUGAGGCGUAUGUGCAGGACGGGCAUGUUGUCCAUGUGGGCGCUGACGGGAAACCCACAUAUGCUGGAUUUGGUGUGGUGGGAGACUUCUCUGGAGAGAAGUUUGACUGA